CUCCCCUCCUUCCUCUCCUCUCUUUGCACUCUGUCCUAUGGCAUGCCCCUUGACCCUUAACCACACGCAAUGGCUCUUGGAGCAACCGGCGAUUCGCCUUCGGGGCCGUGGAGGACUCUGUCCUCAACAAUCAUGUUUGAAGUCGGCGCGUUGUCUCGGGCUUUUCUAUUCGCGUUAUGCAACGUCGAGAUCAACGGUCUGGAGUCUUUCUUGCAGCUGCUCGAGUCCAGACGGGAUCUGUCCAAAAGGACCAAAGGCUUGAUUACAGUUUCGAACCAUACCAGCGUGUACGUACGUAUGAGAUAUAUCGGAAUGAAAUAAGGGCCAAAAUUCAAUAGCCAACGACUGACCUGGGUCUUUGCGUUUUGUGCAGCAUGGAUGAUCCGUUGAUGUGGGGUUCUCUCCCUAUGAAAUGGCAUUUUGGGCUUCCAUCCUCUGAUAGGAGAUGGUCGUUUGGAAGCCAUGAUAUCUGCUAUAAGACUAGGCCCUUGUCGCUAUUCUUCACCAUGGGCCAGGUUCUACCGACUCAUAGACUUGCGCAUUCUCCUUAUGGUGGCCUCGCACAGCCCGCGGUGACCCAGGCCAUUCGACUAUUGUCCAAGGGCCCCUUCCCCGCUGACCCCCAACUCGCCGAACGCCAACGCUGGAGCUUACGGAAUGUCUGCGUUGAUCCCUUUUCGGAUCUUCCGACUGCAUACACUACGAACGGGGAAGAUGCUCACCUGGCUCCCUCUGCCUACGCUUGCAACUCAUAUUCAUGGAUCCAUAUUUUCCCCGAAGGCAUGAUCCACCAGGCGAAAGAGAAGACUAUGCGAUACUUCAAAUGGGGCGUAGCACGCCUCAUUCUCGAGUCGAGUGAAUGUCCGGAUAUCGUACCUAUUUGGAUCGAGGGUUUCGACCAGAUCAUGCAUGAGGAUCGUGGCUUCCCACGCUUUCUUCCCCGGCCAUUCAAGAAUGUGAGCAUCACGUUUGGGUCCAAGGUGGAUUCCGAGGCUAUAUUCGGGGAUAUGCGAAAACGCUGGCAAGAGAUCAAGGCGAAAGCUGAAAAGAAAGCACCGGGAACUGCAGAUCUCCCUGUUGGGGUUCUGAAUGAGGAGCUUCUCCAUGGUAAAGAGGCAGUCGAGUUGCGAAAGGAAGUCACCUUCAAAGUCAGAGAACUCGUCCUCGAAGUCAGACGCUCGAGAGGCCUUCCCGAUGAGGACCCGAAGCAUAGCCUUGCGGAUACAUGGAUACGAGAGGGCCCCAAGCGAGAAGGCAAGAUGCUGGAUGAUUCCUGGGUUCGGGAGGAAUGAAUGGUUAAUUAUGUACAAAACUGGUUCGAUCAGGGAAUUUUAUGCCACAAUAGAGAGCUGCGGGAGUUUUCAUGUCUAGAGCAAUUCGCUCAGAAAAAAAAAGUUGCUGUGUUUUCGUGUACAUAUCCAUAUGAGUCAUUGCUUAUGAGUUCUUUUCCAAAUCUAGUCUGAUGAGUAAGGAGGC